AGACAACUACAAACAUAUGACCUUCUCGAUUGAUUCAUUGAUUACCCAAAAGGGUAGACUAUUAGCCACUAUCCAUGAAACUGCCAAAUGGGGUGCCAAGGGAGUAUGGGGAACUCGAGAAACCGAAACCGGGGUGUGCAGAUUAGCAUUAUCUGAUCUUGAUAAACAAGUACGUGAUUGGUUUGUUAAAGAGACAAAAUCAUUAGGCUGUGAAGUGAAAAUUGAUCAAGUGGGAAAUAUUUUUGCUAUUUUUCCAGGAAAGAAUCAAGGUAAACCUACUGGUAUUGGAUCUCACUUGGACACUCAACCAAAUGGUGGUAGGUAUGAUGGUAUUUUAGGUGUUUUGUCUGGUUUAGAAGUUCUCAGAACUUUCAAGGAGAAUAAUUAUGUUCCCAACUAUCCAAUUGCUUUGGUCAACUGGACUAAUGAAGAAGGUGCCAGAUUCCCAAAAUCAAUGGUUGCUUCAGGGGUAUGGGCAAAGCAAAUCCCAUUACAAGAAUGUUUAAACCUUAAAUCAUUGGAUAAAGUUCCAGUUUCAUUUGGUGCCGAAUUGAAAAGAAUUGGUUAUGAUGGACAAACCAAAGCUUCGUAUCUAGAAAACCCACUCGCAGCCCAUUUUGAGAUCCAUAUUGAGCAAGGUCCAAUUUUGGAAAAUGAAGGUAAGAAAAUUGGAGUUGUUACUGGAGUUCAAGCAUUUGAGUGGAACUUGGUUACGGUCAAAGGUAGAUCUUCGCAUGCUGGUACAACCCCCAUGAAUACGAGAUCGGAUGCGAUUUUAACUGCAUCAAGAGUUAUUGUUAUGGCGGUCGAAACUGCACUUAAACACCAAGGUUUAGCAACUGUAGGUACCUUACAGUUAGAGCCAGGAUCAGUCAAUGUCAUUCCUAAUAUCGUUAAAUUUUCCUUAGAUGUAAGACAUGUUGAGGAUGAGAUUUUAGCUACGAUAAUGGCAGAAAUCAAACAGAAAGCAGAGCAAAUUGCCCAAGAAAACGUCGAUUCCCCGCAUGGAAAGCCAUUACUGAUUGACUUUGAAAAUAUUACCUCAUCCAAGGCAAUAAAAUUCAACAAUACAAACAUUAAAACCGUCAAAGAUGCAGCAUCGCAAAUAUUCAAGCAAGAUGAAAUCCGAGAAAUUACAAGUGGGGCAGGACAUGAUUCUUGUUUCACAAGCACAAGAGUCCCAACAUCCAUGAUCUUUAUUCCUUCCAAAAACGGCAUUUCCCAUAGUCCUGAAGAAUAUUCCUCACCUGAAGAGGUAGAAAAUGGCUUUCAAGUAUUGUUGAGAACUAUUGUUCUUUUUGACGAAAUGAGGGCUUUACAAAAAGCUUAAAUAAUAAAUACAAUGGCUGAAUCGACAUCUGACAUAUUAUAUAGUCUCAAUACACU